CUUCAGUGCGGCAACUUCGCUGACCACAAAACAAGCGAGAAAUUCCCUCACCGCGCGUGGAUUUUACAAAAGCGGGAGACUGUACGAUCCUUGGCAGUGUUCUGAGACUGUACAGUCACUUUUGCCCUGCUGGUGGACUUUACAGCAUUUUCACGGUCAGUUUUGCGUCCUUUUCUGUGAUUUAACGCGAGCGUCUGCGGGGGUUUGGAGCGCGUCCCGUUUGCGCAGAGAUCGCACUGCUGUUGAACUGCGGGAAUUACGAGGGGACAGAGAGAUGACAGCGGAGAAAGAGAAGAAGAGGUGCAGCUCAGAGCGGCGUAAGGAGAAAUCUCGAGACGCGGCGCGCUGCAGGCGCAGUAAGGAGACGGAGGUGUUUUAUGAAGUGGCCCGCCAGCUGCCUCUCCCACACAGCAUCAGCUCACAUCUGGAUAAAGCCUCCAUCAUGAGACUGGCCAUCAGCUACCUGCGGACACGCAAACUCCUCACCUCAGCCGGUGCUACUGCCACAGAGAAGACAGACGUAGACAGACUGAUGGACAGUUGGUAUCUGAAGUCACUGGGCGGCUUCAUUAGCGUGGUAACAUCAGACGGAGACAUGAUCUUCUUGUCAGAGAACAUCAACAAAUUCCUGGGUCUCACACAGGUGGAACUCACAGGGCACAGCAUCUUUGAUUUCACUCACCCCUGUGACCACGAGGAGAUCCGCGAGAACCUCAGCCUCAAAGCCGGCAUGGGAAAGAAAGGCAAGGAGCUGAGCACAGAGAGGGAUUUCUUCAUGAGAAUGAAAUGCACAGUCACGAAUCGCGGGCGCACCGUCAACCUCAAGUCAGCCAGCUGGAAGGUGCUGCACUGCACAGGGCACCUGAAGGUGUGUAACGGCUGUCCUGCACGAGUGCUGUGUGGAUUUAAAGAGCCGCCGCUCUCCUGUGUGGUCAUGAUGUGUGAGCCCAUCGCCCAUCCAUCAAACAUCGACACGCCGCUCGACAGCAAGACCUUCCUGAGUCGCCACAGCAUGGACAUGAAGUUUACUUACUGUGAUGACAGAGUUACUGAGUUGAUGGGUUACAGUCCUGAAGAUCUUCUGGGCCGGUCUGCGUAUGAGUUCUAUCAUGCUCUGGACUCCGACAGCGUCACCAAAAGCCACCAGAACCUGUGCACUAAGGGCCAGGCGGUGAGCGGUCAGUACAGGAUGUUGGCUAAGAAUGGGGGCUAUGUGUGGGUGGAGACCCAGGGUACCGUCAUCUACAACAGUCGCAACUCCCAGCCCCAGUGCAUUGUGUGCGUGAACUACGUGCUGAGUGAUGUUGAGGAGAAGUCUAUGAUCUUCUGUAUGGACCAGACUGAGUCUCUGUUCAAGCCUCAGCACUUGAACCGUUUCUUCAGUCCAAGCAAAGGGGGCCUGGGCAGUGAGCGGGGAGAAAUGCUCUUCACCAAACUCAAAGAGGAGCCUGAGGAUCUCACCCAGCUGGCACCUACACCUGGUGACACCAUCAUCUCUCUUGACUUUGGUAACCCCCAGUAUGAGGAGCACCCGAUGUACAGCAAAGUGUCUGCUGUUGCUCCUGCUGUCUCUCACUCUGUUCAUGAUGGCCACAAGACAAGCUACGCUGGAGACAUGUCCAAGAUGGCCGGCACUUUCUUUGUGCCUCAGGCUCCGCCGGCCAGCAGUACAACUCCCAGCCUGAGCAGCUGCUCUACACCCAGCAGUCCUGGAGAUUACUACACCUCAGUAGACAGUGACCUGAAGGUGGAGCUGACCGAGAAACUGUUUUCCUUAGACACACAAGAGACAAAGACUCCCUGCAACCAAGAGACUGACCUGAGUGAUCUGGACUUGGAGACUCUGGCUCCCUACAUCCCCAUGGAUGGUGAGGACUUCCAGCUCAAUCCCAUCUGCCAGGAGGAGCCGUCAUCUGAGAUCGGGGCCCUGGGUACCAACCAGCAGAGCAUCAGCAACAUCACAAGCCUCUUCCAACCCUUGAGUUCCCCUUCAGCAGCCCACUUCCAGCCCAACAUGAGUUCAGGAGGGGACAAGCAGAGCAUCAAAGGAGGCUCUGUGGAGUCCUGGCCAUCUGUACCCUACAGCAGGGGCCCCAUGCAAAUGCCUCCCUACCAUGACCCCGCCAGCACCCCGCUGUCCUCUAUGGGAGGCCGUCAGAAUCUGCAGUGGCUGCCUGACCCUCCGUUACCCAGCAAGGCUGGAAUGAUGGAUCCUUUAGCUGCAAAGCGCUCUUGCCAAACUGUGCCAGCAAAUCGAAUGCCGCCUUAUUUGCAAAGGCCCAUGGAGAACUUUGUGCAGAACUACAGAGAUAUAAGUCCAGCUCGACUUGCUCUCGCUAACAAUUUCAAGCGCUCAUUCACACAGAUGACAAUGAAUGAGCCGCCCCUCACAAAAUCACAACACCCAAUGUGGAAGAGACUUCGGAAUGAGAGCUGUGCCGUUAUGGACAGAAAAUCAGACAAAGGCAUGGCCCCUAAUGGAGGCAUGGACCACCAGCACAGGAAGACCCAGUAUUCAGGGAAUCAGGCCGGACAAGCGACAAGGCGCUUUAGAGAAGAGUGCUGUAACUACAGAGAGUUCAACAUGCAGCCUUCCUCCAAGAUGGAUGGAAUCGCGAGUCGUCUUAUCGGGGCCUCCUUCGAGACCUACUCUCUGCCUGAACUGACGCGUUACGACUGCGAGGUCAACGUCCCGUUGCAAGGCAAUCUUCAUUUGCUGCAGGGCAGUGACCUCCUAAGAGCAUUAGACCAGGCCACUUAGACCGGUUUCACCACAGAAAUGCAGUCCCACUUUCCCCCAAACCCUAUCGCUCAUCUCACACUCACCAUCCCAGCUUUAGCACAUCCCACAAACACCCUCUCACAGUCAUAUCUACCGGAGCGCAUACAUGACAAAUGUAGCUUUGAUUCUAUUUUUAUUGUCUACAUCUUCAUAAAUUAUAUACAAGUAUUUUUGGAGGAGUUGAAAUGAUGUUGCGUUGUGUCUCUGCUUGUCAGAUCACUCGGCGAAGCUGUUUUCAGCAUACUCAUUUUCUUUUUUUUUCUCUAUCAAUGUCAGACAAGAAAAGCAAGAAAGAAUCUACUGUAAGCUACUUGUUUUAAAAUGUUCUCAUUUCUUUUAUUUGUUCUAACUUUCCUACCUCUGACACAUCAUUACAGACCCCAUGAAAUCAAAAGGCUAGUUUGGAGCUCAUGUAUACACUAAUGCAGUGGUUUCCAAAGAUGUUUUAUUAAAUAAUUCAAUCAGCAUUAACAAUAGCUGCUCUUUAUACAUGUGCUGCUGUCUUUCCACUUGCACAAACACGUUCACUGUGAAGGGUUGCCAGAUUUGACAAAAAACAACCUGGUCUAAUACAGUGACCCUUGUUAUUAUGCUUUAGGUAGGUAGUAUUCUCUAAACAAACCCCUUAAAAUGAAUAUGAUAUGCAGACAUGGCAAAACAAAUAUGAGAGAAAUUAAUUCAGUUAAAUUCGGUAACACUUUACUUAAAGCCUUUAUGUAUAAU